AUGUUGCAGGCACUCUCAAGUUCAAACCCGGGCUUGAAUGAAGGAAAUGCUGCUUCGUCGGCCUAUUCACCAAGCGAGACACAGCCGUACGAAGGCCUCGACACGGCAGCUCAGGAAGAAAUAAGAGAGUUGGCAAGAACACUGACGAGCCAAUCUUCUCUUUUAUCCCAGGAGAAACACCUUGCCGGAACAGGCGACCCGAAUACACUAGCAGCUGCUUCUUCGUCGUCUUCGAGCAAGUCUAUUUUCACUAGUGAUAUCAAAGGUGUCAACCCAAUACUUUUGGAUGUCAAUGAUCCAGAUUACGACGAGACAUUAGACCCUCGGUCAGAAAACUUCUCUAGUGUCAGAUGGGUGCGAAACAUGGCGCAAGUAUGCGAAAAUGAUUUGGAUUUCUAUAAACCGUUCUCGUUAGGUUGCGCCUGGAAAGAUUUGAGUGCCUCUGGCGAUUCUGCCGAUAUUUCCUACCAAGGAACGUUUGGUAAUAUGCCCAUCAAGUACCUGAAAAUGGGUUGGAGGCGCAUUUCUCAACGUCUUUUCUGCCGGAAACAUGACAAAAAUGAAGAGAAUGAUUCCACUUUCCAAAUUUUGAAGCCGAUGGACGGAUGCAUCAACCCGGGAGAACUACUGGUUGUCCUUGGGCGGCCAGGUGCAGGAUGUACUACGCUGCUGAAAUCUAUAUCCGUAAAUACACACGGAUUCAAGAUCUCUCCGGACACAAUCAUUACAUAUAACGGAUUUUCCAGCAAAGAAAUCAAAAACCAUUACCGUGGUGAAGUGGUCUACAAUGCAGAAUCAGAUAUACAUAUUCCGCACUUGACGGUAUUCCAAACUUUAUACACAGUGGCAAGACUGAAGACACCAAGGAACAGAAUCAAGGGUGUAGAUAGGGACACAUUUGCCAAACAUGUCACUGAAGUGGCAAUGGCAACUUACGGACUGAGCCACACCGCAGAUACGAAAGUAGGUAAUGAUUUUGUUCGUGGUGUAUCCGGGGGGGAGAGGAAAAGAGUUUCCAUUGCUGAAGUGUCUAUAUGUGGCUCUAAGUUUCAAUGCUGGGAUAAUGCCACGAGGGGCUUAGAUUCGGCUACUGCACUGGAAUUCAUCAAAGCCUUGAAAACGCAGGCCUCUAUCACAAAGUCUGCAGCAACUGUGGCCAUUUACCAAUGUUCUAAAGAUGCCUAUGACUUGUUCGAUAAAGUAUGUGUUCUUUAUGAUGGUUACCAAAUUUUCUUUGGUCCAAGUAAACAGGCCAAAAAGUACUUUCAAAGAAUGGGGUAUGUUUGUCCCGAAAGACAGACCACAGCAGACUAUUUGACCUCUAUUACUAGUCCUUCUGAAAGAAUCAAGGACGAAAACAUGGUUAAACACGGAAUUGAGAUCCCACAAACAGCCUAUGAAAUGAACCAGUACUGGAUACAAUCAGAAGAAUACAAGCAAUUGCAAGUACAAGUGAGCGAACAUUUAGAUACAGACUCAUCCCAGCAAAGAGAACAAAUGAAGGACGCACAUAUUGCCAAACAAUCGAAGAGGGCACGGCCCUCUUCCCCUUAUACAGUAAGUUUCUUUUUGCAGGUUAAGUAUAUUCUAAUCAGGGAUUUUUGGAGGAUUAAAAACGAUCCAAGUAUUCAACUAUUUACAGUUUUGAGCCAUGCGGCAAUGGCCCUUAUAUUGGGAUCAAUGUUCUAUAAAGUCAUGCUUUCCACUACCACGACAACGUUUUAUUACCGAGGCGCGGCUAUUUUUUUUGCUAUCUUGUUUAAUGCGUUCUCAUCACUUUUAGAGAUCUUUUCACUCUAUGAGACAAGGCCUAUCACCGAAAAGCACAAGACUUACUCGUUGUAUCGCCCAAGUGCUGAUGCUUUCGCUUCUACAUUUUCUGACGUUCCAACAAAAUUGGCCACGGCAAUAACUUUCAACAUACCGUAUUAUUUUUUAAUCAAUUUAAAAAGAAAUGCCGGUGCUUUUUUCUUUUACUUUUUGAUCAAUAUCAUAACAGUUUUUGCUAUGUCACAUUUGUUCAGAUGUAUUGGUUCGGUGUCAAAGACUUUACCCCAGGCAAUGGUUCCCGCAUCUGUUCUUUUGUUAGCUUUUGCAAUGUACACUGGGUUUGCAAUCCCAAGAGUCCAAAUGCUUGGCUGGUCAAAAUGGAUUUCGUAUAUCAACCCAUUGUCUUAUCUUUUUGAAUCACUAAUGAUUAACGAAUUCCAUGAUAGAAAUUUUCCAUGUGCGCAGUACAUACCCAAUGGGCCGAAUUAUGCAAAUGCAACAGGUGACGAAGUGAUCUGCUCCGCUCUCGGUGCUGUCCCCGGUAAUACUUAUGUGAGUGGUGAUGAUUUCAUUCAAACGAACUACGGCUUUCGGCAUAAGAAUAAAUGGCGGUCUAUUGGUAUUGGUUUAGCUUACAUCAUUUUUUUUUUAUUUUUGUAUUUAUUCAUCUGUGAAUACAAUGAAGGAGCAAAGCAAAAUGGUGAAAUGUUAGUAUUCCCUCAUAGCGUGGUUAAAAAAAUGAAGAAGAAGGGCAUUGUCUCUGGGAAGAGAAGUAAAAACAAACCCACAUUGUCAGCACCUGAUGCUGAGAAGGACAUAGAGAUGAACAACGAUUCAAGUGUCACCGAUACAAGGUUUUUACGGGACUCUGAUGUAGCUGUGAUGGGUAAUAAUAAUAUUGCAGCAAAGGAACAGUUUUCUUCUCCUUCAUCUUCUGCGUCUAGAAGCAAUAGCUUUAGUAAAAGUAACGAUAUUGAACUGUCCAAAUCACAAGCGAUUUUUCACUGGAAAAACUUAUGCUACGAUAUUCCGAUUAAAAAAGGGAAAAGGAGGAUUUUAAAUAAUGUUGAUGGUUGGGUCAAGCCUGGUACAUUGACCGCCUUAAUUGGUGCAUCUGGUGCAGGAAAAACAACGUUAUUAGACUGUCUUGCCGAAAGAACUACGAUGGGUUUAAUUACUGGUGAUGUGUUCGUAGAUGGGAGACCACGGGAUGAGUCUUUCCCUAGAUCAAUUGGCUAUUGUCAGCAGCAGGAUUUGCAUUUGAAAACUGCAACUGUGAGAGAAUCAUUAAGGUUUUCCGCAUACCUGCGUCAGGCUGAUGAUGUGUCCAUUAAGGAGAAAGAUAAAUACGUUGAAGAGGUCAUUGAAGUACUGGACAUGGAACUUUAUGCUGAUGCUAUAGUAGGCGUGCCUGGCGAAGGCUUAAAUGUGGAGCAAAGAAAGAGGUUGACAAUAGGCGUUGAAUUAGCCGCCAAACCAAAACUGUUGGUAUUUUUAGACGAGCCCACGUCUGGACUAGAUUCCCAGACUGCAUGGUCAACUUGUCAGUUAAUGAAAAAAUUGGCUAGUCGUGGACAAGCAAUUUUAUGUACCAUCCACCAACCUUCUGCCCUUCUAAUGCAAGAAUUUGAUAGGUUACUAUUUUUGCAAACUGGCGGACAAACUGUUUACUUUGGAGAGCUAGGGAAGGGCUGCAAGACAAUGAUUAAUUAUUUCGAAGCCCAUGGUGCUCAUAAAUGCCCUUCGGAUGCCAAUCCUGCCGAAUGGAUGUUGGAAAUAGUGGGUGCAGCACCAGGAAGCCACGCCAGCCAAGAUUAUUUUACCAUUUGGAGAGAUUCUGAAGAAUAUAAAGAAAUUAGAAAAGAGUUAGAUUGGAUGGAACGAGAAUUACCUAAACGGACAGAAGGUUCGUCAAACCAGGAACAGAAAGAAUUCGCUACUUCAACUUUGUAUCAGAUCAAAUUGGUUAGUUACCGAUUAUUCCACCAAUAUUGGAGAACACCGUUUUACUUAUGGUCAAAAUUUUUUUUAGCAGUUGUGUCCGAACUCUUCAUAGGCUUUACCUUUUUCAAAGCAAACACAUCAUUGCAGGGCUUGCAAAACCAAAUGCUAGCCAUCUUUAUGUUUACUGUGGUCUUUAACCCGAUAUUACAACAAUACUUACCACUUUUCGUUCAGCAGAGAGAACUUUAUGAAGCCAGAGAAAGACCAUCAAGAACAUUUUCAUGGAAAGCAUUUAUUGUAUCGCAGAUUCUCGUAGAAAUUCCCUGGAGUUUACUGGCCGGAACUAUAUCUUUUUUCGUCUACUAUUAUCCUGUAGGAUUCUACAGAAAUGCCUCUUAUGCAAAUCAACUUCAUGAACGAGGUGCUUUAUUCUGGCUGUUUGCAUGUGCGUUUUACGUCUAUAUCAGUUCGAUGGGAAUAUUGGUAAUUUCAUGUAUUGAAAUUGCAGAGAAUGCUGCAAAUCUUGCUUCACUAUUGUUCAUAAUGUCGUUAUCUUUUUGCGGUGUUCUGGCUACCUCGGAUGUUCUACCAAGAUUCUGGAUUUUUAUGUAUAGAGUGUCACCUCUGACAUAUCUCAUUGAUGCUUUGCUGUCGGUCGGGUUGGCCAAUGCCAAAGUCGUUUGUUCUAACGAAGAACUUUUAAGAUUUGUCCCUCCGAGUGGUAUGACAUGCUUGGAGUAUAUGGAGCCUUAUUUGCAAUCAGCUGGGACAGGGUAUCUGGUUGAUGAGAGUUCCGAAACUGAUUGUCAGUUUUGUCAAUUUAGUUCCACCAAUGACUAUCUGAAAACUGUAAGUUCUUCGUAUUCACGUAGAUGGAUGAACUACGGUAUUUUCAGUGCGUAUAUUGUCUUUGACUAUUGUGCAGCAAUAUUUUUAUACUGGCUAGUAAGGGUUCCAAAGAAGAGCAAAAAAUUAGAGAAAUGA